CGCACGGCACCUUGUCUAGGAAUCCUUUCUAGAUGUGCCAGUGAGGGUACGCGAAGCACCACGUUUUUUUUUCACGCUGCAAAACUAAGACUGGACUUCUCCCACGCUGCGAAGGCAAGCUGCGAUAGAAAAUUAGCGACGCCUAUCAUCGCUGCAACCACUGCCGAACCCAACAGCGCGAUCGCGCGCGUCUGCAGUUCCUUCACACGCUGGAUGCGGAUGCACUCUCGGUCGAGCACCUUGCGAUAGCUGUAAGCGUGAUUCCGGAUGUGCGCCCCUGGGCCCUGGCUCAGGAUGGUCAGCAAGUCGGCCGGCGCGUCCCCGAUGGACUCGAGCAUGGCCUCAGCUGCGCCAAGGCCAAAAAUCCGCCACCGAUCUGCCAGUAUACUCUCGAUGACUGCCUGCCCACGCCCCACGUUGAUCCGCGCGCGCAGCUUCAACGUCGCCUGCCAGCUCUCGCAUACAUCUUUCCAACUCGACUCGGUCAUUUUCUCCUCCUCCAGCUUCUGCAGUCGCUCCAGCAAGUACGAGAUCUCUGCCUCGUCCUGCAAGAGCUCCCUGCGGCUGCGACGCCACGCCAGGCGGAGCAUGUCGAGGCUCCCUGUGCAGGCGCCGUCCGAAAUGCUGUACGUGGUCGUUUGGUGCAAUGCGUUAUGAAAGAACUGGCGGCGGAAUGAUCCUACGGGGGCGAAGCGCGCAAGGAGAGCCGGCGGUUCCCCAGCCUCAUGUAGUCCAGCCGGCCCUCUAAGGCGCGAGUGGUUUAGAGAGUUUUCCCCUUCGGGGAGGAGUUUACCACUGCUACUUCUUAAUUUAUACCCCCUCCCCCACCCGACCGCCGGUACCUGUUUUAGAUUGGCUGGUGGGGAGUCGCGAAGCGUGAACAAUUUGGUGCCGAUCUUCGUCUCCAGUCUGUCCAAACGGCCAGCAACCUCGUGCAUUGACCAAGCCACGCGAGACAUGGAUCCGGAAGCGCCGCUGAAAUAAGAGAAGAGUGCUGCGCGCGCUUGCUUCUGCAAGCCCCGGCUCACGCAGUCGCGCAAACCUGCGUGAAGUGAGGCGCACUGGAUCACCCCUUCCUCGUCGGCGAGGCCAUACCUCGGCUCCCGGGCCACCAGCUGCGUGAUCAGCGCCUCCGUCUCUAGCUGCACGUCUGCCCGCAAUUUCACGAGCAAGUACUCUUCAAGCGCAUCGAGAAACGCUUUGCCCGCAGCGCUCAGCAACACAGACGGAAAUGCCUCACCACCAGCCUCACUCUCCAGGGCGCCUGCUUCACAACCCACGCCGAGCGAAGUCGGCGAUGGAGAAAUUGGUGAUUGUUCUGCUGGACGCGCGGCACCGAAGAGAUCGUUGAGGAGCUCUGGUAGCUUGCCUCCCGGCUUGUCGAAUAGAGGCGUGAUAAACUUUCUGGUCGCCAUGUCCACGAGCCACUUUUCCUUGUUCACCUCGGCAGAUUCGAGAACAUUACAGAUUCCCUUCUGAAACUCGGCCACGCGCGAUGGUGUGUUGAUCCAAAUGAGAACACAUGUUUUCAAAUCGUCGAGCUUCGGCAAAACACUCACAGCCAGACUCGCCAAACGCUCGAGAUGCUCGUCGAUCGACGUCUGAGCCUUUUGCUGCAGGUCCGCUCCAUCCAAGGCGCCGUCCUCGCCGCCGCUGCGCUCAUCCUCAUCAUCUGCGUCACCCUCGUCACCCUCGUCAUCGUCGAUCAUAGUGCUCGUCAGGGUCGCGCAUGCUGAUCUGGUUGUAGCCGCGGCUUGAUGGCGCCAUCCAAUAGUCGCCGCAAGCGCGCGGGGUUGUGGCACUUUCAGCAUCGAAAAGCUACAUUCCUUGAGUGUCGCGCCAGUGAAAUCAGCCCCUGCCAUGCUCACUGCGCGGAAGUCUGUCCUGAAGAAAUUGCAACCCAUCACUUUCGCGCACUUGAGACUGGCCCCAUGGAGAUUCGAAAAAGAAAACCCCGAAUUCUGUGCGAGCGCCCAACCGAGGUUCACCCCACAAAAGCUGGAAUAGCCAGCAAAACAGUUACGAAUAUCGAUCUCCGUCAUCACGGCGUUUGUAAAAUCACUGGCAGCUAUGUUGGCCCCUUCCAUCUUCGCCCCACUUAGCUGUGCUUCAUGCAACUGUACACCCUGAAGCCAAGCAUGUGCAAAGUCACGCUUUAAAUGCCCACGUCUGAGGUCUCCAGCCGCGGCCACGAUUUCGGCAGCGACCAAUGCCCUUGCGCGCACGCUCGACCUUGCCAACUCCUGCACAACGUGGAGGCACUUGGAGCCGGGAACGUCGCACUGUAGCCCGCGCUGUGGCAUCUCAGUUGCGCAGUCAUACCUCCGCAACCCAAUGUUCUCCAGCGCCGUCCAAUCUUCAUCUCCAGCGCAUGUCCGAUCUCCAAUUUCGACGAAGCGUGACCCAAGGAUUAGAAUUCGCCAACACUCGCGCACCUCUUCGUUCCCACCCUGAGGUGGCCACCAUUCGCAAUCUUCGUUGGCCCAUGGUUUGCGAACUUCCAAAGCAAACGCGUCGAUCUCGGAACUCUCCAACCCUCCCUGGCUAAAUGAAGGUUUCUGCCGGAGCAAAACGUUCACAGUUGUGACGCCAAUCUGCUUGAGCGCAUCCAUGAUGAACGGGAGGAAUUUGCGCGCCGUACUAGCGUGUGAAAAAAAGAACGCGUUGAUAAUUCAGUCUUCAGUGCGCCCUCGAUUGUCGUCUGCGCGGAUUCCCUGCAUGAUUGUGAGUUGUCAGACCGCGUGACCCUCUGUUGCUGCUGUUCGGUGAAGCACUUCUUGCCUUCGAUCUCAUGUUUGUCAUCCAAUAAUGUUGUUCCCGAUGCGUCGCUAUCCCUUGCCAUUUGAUGCGCUGCUUAUGCGAACGUUGCCCGAAUCGGAAGCACAGACGCAUGAUAAGCCUGGGGAACCAAUCGAGCAGGCCAGAGGCGUCUUGACCCGAACUGGCU